UGGCUUUUGGAGAGUGGACCGGGAGGAGGACCGGAGCAGGGAAAGGACUCUGUAGGGGACUCGUGAGAGACUAUGGGGAAGGACCAGGAGCUGCUGGAAGCUGCUCGCACUGGCAAUGUGGCUCUGGUGGAGAAACUCCUAUCUGGCAGGAAAGGAGGGAUCCUGGGUGGUGGAUCCGGACCUCUGCCCCUGUCUAAUCUGCUAAGCAUCUGGCGAGGUCCCAAUGUGAACUGCACGGACAGUUCGGGUUACACCGCUUUACACCACGCGGCCUUAAAUGGACAUAAGGACAUAGUUCUCAAGCUACUUCAGUACGAGGCAUCCACAAAUGUGGCUGACAACAAAGGUUACUUUCCCAUUCAUCUGGCUGCCUGGAAAGGAGACGUGGAGAUUGUGAAGAUUCUCAUCCAUCAUGGACCGUCACAUUCCAGAGUCAAUGAACAGGUGCCCUCGUCGAAUAACAAUGAGAAUGAAACCGCCCUACACUGUGCAGCUCAGUACGGACACUCAGAAGUGGUUGCCGUUCUCCUAGAAGAGCUCACGGACCCUACGAUCAGGAACAGCAAGCUCGAAACACCGCUGGACUUGGCAGCACUCUACGGUCGGCUGCGAGUGGUGAAGAUGAUCAUCAGUGCGCACCCGAACCUCAUGAGCUGUAACACUCGGAAGCACACGCCGCUUCACCUCGCCGCCCGCAAUGGCCACAAGGCAGUCGUGCAGGUGCUGCUGGAGGCAGGAAUGGACGUGAGCUGUCAAACAGAAAAGGGGAGUGCUCUUCAUGAAGCGGCUUUGUUUGGGAAGGUGGAUGUGGUCCGAGUUCUGUUAGAAACAGGAAUUGAUGCCAACAUAAAGGACAGUUUAGGUAGAACUGUCUUAGACAUUCUGAAAGAGCAUCCGUCUCAGAAGUCUCUCCAGAUCGCCACGCUCUUGCAAGAAUAUCUAGAAGGUGUGGGAAGGCCGGAGGUCCUGGAGGAGCAUGCUCAGGAAGACACGGCCCAAGAGACACGCCUCCCGUCCCCUGCAGAGUCUCCUUCCCAAAAGACUAAAAGUGAAACCGUCACUGGGGAAUUAUCAAAACUCCUGGAUGAAAUAAAACUCUGCCAAGAAAAGGAUUAUUCCUUUGAAGAUCUGUGCCAUACAAUUUCAGACCACUACUUAGAUAACUUGAGCAAGAUUUCAGAGGAAGAACUUGGGAAAAAUGGAAGCCAGAGUGUAAGAACUUCAUCUACAAUAAAUUUGUCACCAGGAGAAGUGGAAGAAGAAGAGGAGGAUCUAAACACUUGUGGGCCCACGGGACUUUGGGAAGCAUUAACUCCUUGUAACGGAUGUAGGAACCUUGGCUUUCCCAUGCUUGCACAGGAGUCUUAUCCAAAGAAGAGGAAUUACACCAUGGAAAUCGUACCAUCUGCCUCUCUGGACACAUUUCCUUCAGAAAAUGAGAACUUUCUUUGUGAUCUCAUGGACACAGCUGUUACAAAGAAACCUUGCUCCCUAGAAAUCGCAAGGGCACCUUCUCCAAGAACUGAUAAUGCCUCUGAGGUAGCAAUUACUGCUCCAGGAACUGGUCACCAUAGAAACAGCUCUACAGGCCCAACACCUGACUGCUCACCUCCAUCCCCUGACACUGCCCUAAAAAAUAUUGUGAAAGUUAUCCGACCCCAGCCCAAACAACGGACAUCUAUUGUGUCUUCUCUGGAUUUCCAACGAAUGAAUCAUAACCAAGAAUACUUUGAAAUCAGCACAUCUAUGGGGUGUACCGGCUUUACAUCUAGCCCUCCAGUUAGCCCACCCACCUCUUCUGUGGGAACCACAGAAGUCAAGAACGAGGGAGCUGAACACACAGAUGACCUCUCUCAAAAGGAAGACAAUGAUCCCCCAAAAGAAUAUGAUGCUGGGCAGUUUGCAGGCCUUCUCCAUGGAUCCUCUCCAGCGUGUGAGUCCCCUGAAAAUCCCUUUCAUCUGUAUGGGAAAAGAAGUCAAUGUGAAGAUGGACAAGACGAAGCCAGUUUGGCAAACAGUCCUUUGCCUUUCAAACAGACUCCAAUAGAAAGUAACUCAGAGCCUUUGGUAAAGAAAGUUAAACCCAAAGUGGUCAGUAGAACAAUCUUCCACAAAAGAAGCCACCAACUGGAGAACCAUACCAUUGUUGGAACAAGAACGUCUAGAAGCGGAUCCCACACUGGUGACCAGUGGGGUGUGAAUACAGGGGGCUUUGUGGAGAGAGCGUGUACUCUGGGGAGAAUAAGGUCAUUGCCUAAAGCCCUGAUCGACAUGCACUUAUCCAAAAAUGUCUCUAAGUCUGAUUCUGAUCUUAUUGCCUACCCUUCAAAGGACAAAGCAAGAGUUAAUUGGAGCGAGUCAUCUACAGCUGAACGCAGUUCUAAAGACAAUUCCGAAAGGACACCUUCCUUCACGUCUGAAUGGGAAGAAAUUGACAAAAUAAUGAAUUCUAUUGAUGUUGGAAUCAACAGUGAACUUGAAGAGAUGAAUGGACCCAGAUGCCCUGUCCAAACAGUGGGACAAUGGUUGGAAAGCAUUGGGCUACCUCAGUACGAGAACCACCUGAUGGCUAAUGGAUUUGACAAUGUACAGUUUAUGGGAAGCAAUGUUAUGGAGGAUCAGGACUUGUUGGAAAUUGGAAUCCUUAAUUCUGGACACAGACAGAGAAUUCUACAGGCAAUCCAGCUCCUUCCAAAGAUGAGACCCAUUGGUCAUGAUGGCUACCAUCCCACCUCUGUAGCUGAGUGGCUGGAUUCCAUUGAGCUGGGUGACUACACCAAAGCCUUUCUCAUUAAUGGCUAUACGUCGAUGGACCUGCUGAAGAAACUCUGGGAGGGUGAACUUAUCAAUGUUUUAAAAAUCAGUUUGAUUGGCCACAGGAAACGCAUUUUGGCAUCUCUGGGAGACAGGCUGCACGAGGACCCUCCACAGAAGCCCCCUCGGUCCAUCACCCUCAGGGAACCCAGUGGUAAUCACACUCCUCCUCAGUUGUCUCCAUCACUUAGCCAAAGCACUUACACCACUGGUGGCUCCCUAGACGUCCCUCACAUUAUCAUGCAGGGCGAUGCAAGGAGGAGAAGACAUGAGAACUACUUUGAUGAUAUUCCCCGAUCCAAGCUGGAGAGGCAGAUGGCUCAGCAGUCGUCUGUCUGUGAAAUAUGGACGAAUCAGAACGCUGGAUUUCCUUUCUCAGCGAUCCAUCAGGUUCAUAAUACAGGGGACUGGGGAGAACCUUCCAUCACCUUGCGACCUCCAAACGAAGCCACAGCCUCAACUCCAGUACAGUACUGGCAGCAUCAUCCAGAAAAGCUCAUCUUCCAGUCCUGUGACUACAAAGCUUUUUAUUUAGGUUCUAUGCUGAUCAAAGAGCUUAGAGGGACAGAGUCGACACAAGAUGCCUGUGCAAAGAUGCGGGCUAACUGUCAGAAGUCUACAGAGCAAAUGAAGAAGGUCCCCACUAUUAUUCUCUCAGUCUCGUAUAAAGGAGUCAAAUUUAUUGAUGCAACAAAUAAGAACAUCAUCGCCGAACAUGAGAUUCGUAAUAUCUCCUGCGCUGCCCAGGACCCAGAAGACCUCUCAACAUUUGCUUAUAUCACAAAAGAUUUGAAGUCCAACCACCACUACUGUCACGUGUUUACUGCCUUCGAUGUGAAUUUAGCCUAUGAAAUCAUCCUAACACUGGGACAGGCAUUCGAGGUCGCCUAUCAGCUAGCUCUACAAGCCAGAAAAGGGGGGCAUUCCUCCACGCUUCCAGAAAGCUUUGAAAACAAGCCCUCCAAACCCAUCCCCAAGCCCCGUGUUAGCAUUCGCAAGUCAGUGCAGAUCGACCCUUCUGAGCAAAAGACUCUGGCCAAUCUGCCGUGGAUUGUGGAGCCGGGGCAAGAAGCCAAGAGGGGCAUUAAUACCAAGUAUGAAACCACGAUUUUCUGAUACUGCCCGCCGCCCCGAGUCCUUCGCGGUGCCUAGCUCGCCAAGCAGUCCCCGCAGCAGGCUUUCCUUCGCGCCUCCUCCGUGUCCACCCGCCCCGGGAGGAAGACUGCUCAGCUCGCGUGGCCUCGUCACGGGCGGAAGGGAGCUUUCUGCCAGCGAGACUUUGCCGCCCCUAGAGGCGCGGGGGGCGGCUGCGCGGGGCGCCCCAACUCCGCCGCCACCGCCUCCCUCCGAGGUACUGCUCAACUGCCCCGUUCUUGCUUUGCUUUAGUUGGGGAGAAAUACCUUUUUAAAAAGAAAGUGAAGGGGGGGGUCCUCCAGUACGGCCCCCAAGUCUAAAGCAUCUUGGGUUUCAGUGUUUCCACCGUCAGCCGGUUUGGAAGGGAAAGUCAGAACAGUCCUAGCCGCCCCCACCCCACCCACCCCGACCCCAAAAGCACCUGUAAAAUCAUCGUGAUCACUGAGUACAGUUUCAUGCAAAGAGACAAAGCAACCCUCACGAUUGCCAGGAAAUUCUGUCUCCCGAUUUCUAUAUUUGUGGAUUUUAUAUGUAAUCAACUAUGUCAGAUAAAGGAAACCUUUAUUGAAUGAUUCAAAAAAUUUAAAAGUGAUUUAAAACAGAGGAAUUUAUUAUGCACAGAAACAAAUGUGUCUUGUAUUAAAUAUUUUUAUUAAAAGGAUGUUUCAUUAAUGCAUUCAUAAGAACACUGUUUGUUGUGCGGGAUGUUUCUGGUUUCAAGUGAUUCCAUCUCCACUGUUAUAGCCCGAGGACUGGCCCAGUUGCGGCGAAACUCUGAGGUGUCCCUGGAGCAGGACAUCGGGCUUGCGUUAGGGGUGACCCCCAGGGCUGACGCAGCCAUAGCCCGCACAAGUGGUUUUUAGGGAUUUUGGGGGGUUUUGUUUUGUUUUGUUUUGUUUUAACCUUCGAAGUGUUUUAAAGAACAUGUUUAACAAAAAAAAUAUAUAAUCUAGGGCUUCUGCUGUCAAGAUUUCUGUCAUGGAAACCUUGUUUGAGAAUGGUGUUAAUAAAAUUCUAUUGCAAAAUUUUUUUCUAGAAAAAAAUAAAUAACACAAAAAAAGAAGAAAUUCCAAAGUAAUAAAGACUUUUCUUGAAACAGAAUAAAAAAAUGUUUGCUUACUAUUUGAUUAAAUAAAUUUACUUACGUUUCUUUAAGGUAUUUUAAUUUUUUAAUGUCUCUGUGGAGUAUUUGUAUGAUACCAUAAUGUAUAUUUCUGUAGAAUCAAAUUAUAUAAACAGUACCAAUAUCAUUAUAGAAAAAUAACAUUUUAAUGUAUAUUGUUCUAAACCAAUCAUAUUGUGAAUCAUUUUGAAGUUCAUUAUAGCGAUAUUGAUAAAUUGUGAACUUGUCUUAAUGUUUUUUUAUUAACCAAUAUUAUUUUAAACCUGAAAUUAUCAUAUUCAUCAGUUGGUGAGUUUUGAAGAAAAACUAAAUUUCAUUUCAACUGACAAAUGUAUAUGGUUUUAGUUCAGUGUUGAAGAAUUUUAAUACAAUAUUAAAUUACUUGAACUGAAUAGUUCCUUGUAUAUAUUUUGCCUAUUCACUGUUGAUAUGUAUGUAGUAAACUGAGAGGAAAAUAUAACACUAAAGUAUGGUCCCAACAGGAACUUGUAUAGGAGCACAGCAGCCAGUGGCUUUGCCGAGACACACGCAUAUGUGUAAAUAAGCUUGGGCUUCCAGUUAUAAAUUUUGUAAUUUUUGUCAUUAUUUAUAUCCUAUUAAAAAAAAAGCACACAAAAUAAAACACAAGUUGUACAGUGACUGGUGCUUGGCAUCAUUCUGUGAGCACCUCCCUACAGCAUCCACAGAUAAAGAGAUUUUUUUUUUCCCCAAUUGGCAACAUCACUGAGAAAAACUUGCUCAUUUCUAAGUUCGCACAGUCUGAAAAGGAAAUGCUAUCUUCUGGAGCUUGAAUUUCAGCCAUAAGCCACCAUUUAAAGUGGUGUAUAAGGAGGGGUUGGUAAGACAGACAUUUCUAAAACAGGGGACCCCCCCAACGAGUGGACUGCUUACAUAGCACAACAUAUAAGCUUGCUUGGGAAAGCAUCCACUAUAUAUCCUAUACACCCAUAAGGCCUUUCUUUUUUUCCCUAAAACGUGUGUGCCUGCUGUAAAGUGGGUGAUGGGCCAAUCAGAGCCACACUGAUCCUGUGUUCAGUGACCACCAUGCUGCAUGUCCCUAGACCUUCAGAUCACCCACUCACUGCCCAAUCCAUGACUGCUACCCUUGGAAACCCAAAGCAGUCUUAGGGUGUUCUCUGCCUGUCAUACAGAGGCCUGAAGCUUUGAACCCUGAGCUAAACCAGGGAAAGCCUGGCUGAACUGGACCCUGGGACACUUCUCUCCUGCAGGAGGCUGCAGGCUGGGGGUUCCCACUGGCGCACCCACUGGGCUAGUUUAUUCCUUUAUUACUUUUUAUUAGUUUUUAUUAAUUUUCUCCAGUCCUCUUAUGUAUCAUCUCUGUUCAUCACAUGCAUAUUUUUAUCCACAUGGCACACUCCAAUUGGGAGAAAUUAAAAGAUAAAUACUUGCCUAGUGGUGGAUGGGACAGUCUCCUUAUGCUGGUACCACUUUAGGGGGCAAUAAGGACUGAGAAGGCUAUGUGGCAGGGUUAGCCCUUCCCAGUUGGGGACACACGGUUGUAGUGACCCUCAGAGAGGAAGGCAGAGGUGACCCUGAUCUUCCUCUCCACUCUUCACCCUCCACCUUCAUAACAAACCUACUGAAGGUCAGGGUACAAGAGCAGCCCAUGGCCAGAGCAGGGCAGGGAACAUGCCCAGAGUAGAAAAGCCAGCUCAGGCAUGGGAGAUGGGAUUUGUAGAUGAAAUUUUUUUUUAAAGGAAAACCUGAUGUUUGAUAAAUUCAGUAACCAGAAGGUAAAAGUGGCAGCCCUUAAAUGCUAACAUCAAUCAAAAGAGAACUUAGGUGUCCCCUUUACAGAAGGACUUGAAGUCAAUUGAUCCAUUUAAUUUUUUCUUAUUAAAUGGUGUUCUGUAAUAAAUCUGAAUGGAUGAACUAUAUGAAAAUUAUGCUCAGCCUGUUAAUAAGUCGUGAAAGUGGUUUUUCUCAAGUUGGACUGCUGGGGCAUGUCGCCAGCCUCUCUGAUGUUCGGAUAAUAUGGAAAAGAAGUUUAAGCUUAAAGGGCGUGUGGCCACACUCUCAAAAAUCAGUUAAAAUUUGCACUUGGACUCCAAGUAAUGUUACUUCCAUUUCUAAGAAGAAUUGAAAAUUUGAGGAGUCGUCUAGCUUCCAGUGAGCUAGGAUGUAAUGUCUGUGUUCAGAAAUAUAUAUGGAAUAAAACCUCUUUACUGACAUUA